AUGGCAGUGAGGAGAAGAAAACCAGAUGUAAAUAAGUGGGAGUUGGUAACAUGCUAUGCUUGUCAAGCUAUUGUCUGGAUUGGUGAGGCUGUGGUGCAGGAGACACGAAAUUCUCCCAGGAUGUUUAGCAUAUGCUGUCAGCAAGGACGUGUGAAGCUACCACCUAGACGUCAGCCACCAUCACCUUUGAAAGAGCUGUUUGAUAGACCCAGUUUUAUGCUACAGAUUCGAGUGGCUAAUGGAAUGUUAUCAUUCACAUCGAUGGGUGGUCAGAUUGACCACAUUGUGACAGGCACUCCUGGACCCUUCGCAUUUAGGCUCCAUGGACAGACUCACCACAGGAUUGGCUCUCUCCUUCCACCUGAAGGCAAUGCUCCACAGUAUCUGCAGAUGUAUAUAGCGGACACAGAGAAUGAGGUAGCAAACAGAAAGAAGGCUUUCAGCAAAGGUACAUCCUCUGUGGAGAUUGAUGACAGUUUGAUAGCUGAUUUAAUCAAGAUGUUGGAUGAGAAUAACCACCUGGCCAAAACUUUCCGUCAUGCAAGAGAUCGUCUUUUAUCCGGUGAUGCAGUUGAGUUAAGUCUCACCUUGGUAAAUCAGAAGCAUAGAGGGAGGCAAUAUGACUUGCCAACUGCUGGAGAGAUUGGUGGCCUUAUAAUUGGUGAUUUCAAUUCAGAAUCGGCAGGUAAAGACAUUGUGGUUGAGUACAAAUCAGCAAAGCUCCAGAGGAUAAGCGAUUUACACCCUCUAUUUAUGAGCCUUCAGUACCCAUUACUCUUUCCAUAUGGAGAAUAUGGUUAUGACGAGAAAAUACCCUAUGAUGUGUCUGUCAACUCAAAUAUAAAAAGAGAAUACAUGACAAUGAGAGAAUAUUAUGCUCACCAGAUCCAAACUAGGCCAUCUGAGGGUAUGACUAUCAUCAAGUCAGGAAGGCUACUACAUCAGUAUAUUGUUGAUACCUACACUGCAACAGAGCAGGAGAGACUUCGGUUUCUCAGACUUAACCAGAAGAAACUGCGAGCUGAAUUAUAUACAAAUGUCUGCGACACCUUAGACAGUGGAGAUACAGAUGCUGCGCACAUAGGGAAAAAAGUCAUACUGCCUUCUUCAUUCACUGCAGGACCCCGCUAUAUGUCUGAGAAAUAUCAAGAUGACAUGGCUCUCUGUCGUUUUUAUGGUAACCCCAACCUUUUCAUCACAUUCACAGCAAAACCAAAUUGGGUUGAACUGAAAGAGCACCUGGACGCCUAUGGAGGUGACUCGCCCAACAACAUACCAGACCUUGAGUGCAGAGUUUUUAAACUUAAGCUUGACGAGAUGAUGUCAGACCUUAAGAAUUGUGUUUUCCUUCCAAAAACGGCUGCAGUAGUCUACACGAUUGAGUUUCAAAAACGGGGACUCCCCCACGCCCAUAUUCUUCUUUGGUUCGAAGGAUUUAGAGGAGAGGCCACAGCAGCAGAUAUUGAUCAGUACAUAUCAGCUGAGCUCCCUGACAGAGACACAGACCGAGAGGGCUUCGAGUUGGUUAAGAGACACAUGAUUCACGGGCUGUGUGGAAAAAGACGGCCACAAUCACCCUGUAUGGAGAAAGGAGAGUGCACAAAGAAGUAUCCUAAAGCCUACUCAAACAACACAAAGAUUGAUAAGUCUGGCUUUGUUGUUUACAGAAGAUGUGUUCAUAGCAGCGCCUACGUUUUGAAAGGAACUGUGGAGCUAGACAAUCAAUACGUGGGGGUGGAUCGAGCACUGCUACUGCUUCAGGAGAAGGGGAAGAGCAAAGAAGAAAUAGAGAAAAAGAAAAAGCACCUUGAGCUUGAUGAAAUAGACAGAUUUCAGGAGUGUCGUUAUAUUUCAGCAUGUGAGGCUUCAUGGAGAUUGUUUUCUUUUCACAUCCACCACAACCAGCCUUCGGUGAUGAAACUGGAACUUCACCUUCCAGGGAAGCACAGGGUUCUAAUUGAUCCCAUUAAGAGUUUAGAGCAAGUUCUCUCAAGAGAAAAUAUCGAGAAAACAAUGCUCACUGCGUAUUUUGCUGCAAACGCCAAAUAUGAAGAAGCCAGGGAGCUUACGUACAUUCAGUUCCCAUCCCGGUUUGUCUACCAUAGUGACAUAAAAGAAUGGACACCACGGAAACAUGGUACAUCAAUAGGCCGAGUCCCCUAUGUCCACCCAGCUGCAGGCGACUUAUACUACCUUCGAAUCAUCGUCAGCGUUGUUAAAGGGGCACUUGGUUUUGAGCACCUUGCCACUGUGGGCACUACAACAUUUAAGGAGUAUCGGGAUGCUAGAGAAAUUCAUUUUCCAGGCUUGAUUCUACAGGAAGAGGAGUUGAAGCAGUACACAUUAAUGGAGAUAGAAAGACUCCUCAAAGAGAAUGAUAAAUCACUGGCUGAUUUCCCUGGCAUGCCAAAGCCAAAUACCAGUGUUCUUCAGGAGAUAUCAAACACCGUCCUCCGGCAUGAGCUCAACUAUGACACCGAAAAAGAGGCUGCAGAGCAUGACAAACUUUUUACCACGAUGAAUGAGGACCAGAAAAGCAUCUACAGCUCGGUUAUAGAUUCUGUCAACAACAAAUCUGUUGGUAAAGUGGUGAUACCAGUGGCAUCAGCUGGAAUUGCAGCACUGUUAUUACCAGGAGGAAGAACAGCGCACUCUCGCUUCAAGCUUCCUCUCAAAUUGAGCGAAACAUCUCUCUGUGAGAUUAAAUAUGGUUCUAUGUUGGCAAAUCUGAUCUCCAAAACAGACUUGAUCAUAUGGGACGAGGCUCCUAUGGCUCACCGUCAGACUUUUGAAUCGUUGGACCGCACACUUAGAGACCUACAGGCUAUGGAGGAUCCAGCAGCUGCUGAUAAACCUUUUGGUGGAAAGACAGUUCUUCUUGGGGGUGAUUUCAGACAGAUUUUGCAGGACACAGUCAGAGCUUCUAUCAGUAAGUCGUACCUCUGGCCCUUUGCACGAGUCCACACUUUAACCAUCAACAUGAGACUGAGCCAAGCUGACAAAGAAUUUGCAAAGUGGAUACUCGAAGUUGGUAAUGGAACAGCACCAACUGUGGCAACAGAGGGUAGAUGUGAAGAGGAAAGUGAGCAGGUUCUAAUAGGAGAGGAGUUCAUGAUUCCGAGGUCUGAUCAUCCCCAUCAGGCUAUCUCAGAUGCUGCUUAUCCAGACUUCGUUAAGAAUUAUUUAAACCGGACCUAUUUAACAGAAAGAGCUAUCUUAGCACCCACAAACGCCAGUGCCAAUGAAAUCAACUCCUAUCUCCUGUCUAAGGUUCCAUCCGCAGAGAAAGAGUAUUUAAGUUCUGACAGUGUUGCUUUUGAGAGCACACCAGAGGAGGAUUUUACAAAUAAUUACACUCAAGAAUACUUAAACUCGCUAGAGUUUCAAGGUUUGCCACCGCAUAAACUAUGUCUGAAGGUUGGUGCUCCUGUGAUGAUGUUGCGCAAUCUGGACCAGUAUAAUGGGCUAUGCAAAGGAACACGAAUGGUUAUUUCACGGUUGGGCCACAGAGUUCUAGAGGCUGAGCUUUUAACAGGGACUCAUGUUGGAGACAGAGUUCUUAUUCCGAGGAUACAAUUAUCCCCAACGGACAGUAUUCAUCCUUUUACUUUUCGCAGAAGGCAAUACCCAAUCAGAUUGUGUUAUGUGAUGACAAUAAAUAAGAGCCAAGGUCAGAGUCUGAAACAGGUUGCACUCUACCUUCCUAGACCAGUUUUUAGUCAUGGUCAGCUGUAUGUUGCUCUCUCACGAGUCACGACUCCAGAAGGAUUGAAGAUACUUGAUGACAGUGAAGGCACGGCAAGGAAAGACGUUGUUACUAAUAUCGUCUACAGAGAGAUAUUCAGUAAUCUCCAGACCAAUACUUUUUAA